AUGCCCGACACAGUGUUAUCCACACCACUGUCCAAAAGACACUGCGAUCUGCUUUUACCAUCGACACCAAACAAAGAUACUAAGAAGGGUAAGUAUCUCCAAGAGAACUUGGACACUUUCCAAAAUGCAACGACUCCGUCCAAGUCGUUCCGGUUCGCGAGACAUAACCCGCCAAAAAAGCUUUCCUUUGGUGUAAAGAGAACGCAAUUCAAACCAACGAUUAUAAUUCCUCUGGAAAUACCUCAGACAGGGCAGACGCACGGGUUUAUUGACGAUUCCAACUACGAUGGUGUACUGAGUCAGAGAUUGGACUCCGAAUCACCCACUUCUGAUCUGGAGUCUAUCAGUCCCCUCAGUGAAAUCUCGCCUCUUCCCUCAUUGUCACCAAACGGGGACGAACUGAAAAAUUUCGGCGCUCUGAGGGACACUUCUCUGAAUUGGAACGAGAAUGCUGAUCUUCACCAUGAAACUUUCAAGCUGAACGAGGUAAUUCACUCUAAAUUGUUCGGGCCAACGAAACCUACCAAUGAGAGUUCCAGGGAGGCGUGUCAGGAAGAGAGUAUCAUGAACUCUCCUCCAAUACUCAAUAAAGACACGGCGGUAAGUGCCACUGACCCAUCCAUGCGCGAACCAAAACAUAGGUUUUCGAAACCUGAGAGGCCGAUCCUGUCUCUGGGCCCAGGAUACUUGAAUAUGAUCGUCAGUGCCGGUAACGGGUCCCUGGAUGACGCCACCAUAUAUGCCACGGAGAUCAAUGCCACUGUUAGUAAAAGUGAAAAUAAGAUCCCCGUUAUAUCGAAUGUUUGGGAACGAAUAACGAUACCUGUCAACAACAGUAUUAAGGAGAGGCACAAACAGAUAAAGAAGAACCAAUUCGGUGAGUUUUACGAUCUCAACGAGGAGAACGAGGGCCCGUCCGUGGCGGACAGCGAGGGAGGCGAUCCGUCAUUGGUUUCCACGGAAGACGAUGUGGCGCUGAUCAGAGGGUUCGAGUUUAAAACCACAUCUGGCAAACAAUCACCCUGCGAGCCCAAGAUGCCAAAAUCGGUGAAGUGGGCCGAACCAUUAACUGAUUGA